UAGUUAUUCUGUGCCUUGUGGCCUCUCUAAUUAAAUGUACGCGCUAAUGCGUUAAAUGGUUAUGUCAGUUUGUUUAAGCCACGACUGUGCUGGCUGAACUUUGAAUUUGAAUUUGGUGUGCGGUUUGAAUGUGUGUGUGUGUUGGCGAUUGACCCAUAAUUAUAAUUACUUAAGUUUAAUCAGUUAUUAUUGUUUCAUAUUCAACUGUGUACAGCUGUAAGCCACAAGCGAUUACAACAACAAACAAGCAACAAACACAAUCAAACAAACAACGAUCCAGCAAACCAACAACAACAAUUGUAUUAGAAACAACCACCAAAGUUGAUCGCGGUUGAACACACACACACACAAAUACACCUGUAUUUGACUGUGGGCGUAACCACAAGUGCAUACAGAUCAAACCACAGGCGAAUUGGGAUAAGACACGCGCCUUCAAUUACCUGUUAACGUUCCUGCUCGUUCCUGCUGACCCACAGAGCCUGCGGCUACUUGUAUACUCAUACACACGCACACACACAUAGCUCCUCGGCAAUACAAUGGGCAAGAAGAACUCCAAAUUGAAGCAGGACACCAUUGAUCGUCUGACAACCGACACAUACUUUACCGAAAAGGAGAUACGACAAUGGCACAAAGGUUUUCUCAAAGACUGCCCGAAUGGUUUGCUGACUGAACAAGGAUUCAUCAAAAUUUAUAAACAAUUUUUUCCGGAUGGAGAUCCCAGUAAAUUUGCCUCCUUGGUAUUUCGUGUAUUCGAUGAAAAUAAUGAUGGAGCCAUUGAAUUUGAAGAAUUCAUUCGGGCACUUUCCAUAACAUCACGUGGCAAUCUGGAUGAGAAAUUACAUUGGGCCUUCCGUCUGUACGAUGUGGACAAUGAUGGCUACAUUACGCGAGAGGAAAUGUACAAUAUUGUAGAUGCCAUUUACCAGAUGGUGGGUCAACAACCACAAACGGAGGAUGAGAACACACCACAGAAGCGUGUCGACAAGAUCUUUGAUCAAAUGGAUAAGAAUCACGAUGAUCGUUUGACCUUAGAAGAAUUUCGUGAGGGUAGUAAAGCUGAUCCACGUAUAGUUCAGGCGUUAAGUUUAGGUGGUGAUUAGCCGCAAGAAUAAUAGUUGCGCUGAAAUUCGAGAUUGUCAAAGAGUUGGAACCAUGUCGAGAAGCAGAGUCAACGAAUUCGUGCACAAUAAAUACAAAUAUGGUUUAAUAUAUAUAUAUAUAUAUAUAUGUUUAUAUAUAUAUAUAUAUCGUUAAGGAAAAUUUGCAUAAAGUAUGUACUUCCACACACGUACCCACUCACAAAUACACACACACAGACACAAACGCAUAUAUUUAUAUAAAUAUAUGUAAUAUAUGCCAUUUGCCUGGUGGCAGCUUAUUAGCCACAAAACCGCGGCCAAAAA